UAUUUCUAGUCUGAUUUGCACGUGGAAAGUCCGUGGUCACAGGGAAGAAGGUAGGUAUGCCGUUCAAGAAUACCUACACUACAUUUGACGAUGUUGAAUGUGGGUUAGUCUCCAUUCAUGAUGGCUUUUGUCUUCCUCUUUAUCUCGAGAAAUGCCAAGUUUUCGUCGAGGUUAUAAACCAUAUUGGACACUACACUAUAAAACAGAGCUAUGUGAACUUGAUGGAUGAUACACUGGAAGCUACUUACAUUUUCCCUAUACAAGAAGGCGGUGCUGUACAUUAUUUCACUGCUGAGAGUAACGGGGUUUUGAUUGAGGGAAAAGUGAAAAAGAAGGGUGAUAAUGCGACAGCUUCAGAUAUUGAUGAAGAUGAUCUGGCUAUGGGGGACAACAGAACUGCUUUUCUUUUGACAGAGUUUAAACCUGAUCUUUACCAAUUAGCUUUGGGGGAACUUGCGCCGAACAGUAUCACGGUUAUUGAGUUGAAAUACGUUUGCGAGCUACCAAUAGAGAAUAACGCGGUGAAGCUCAGCAUACCAAAUACAGUUGCUCCACAGUAUUCUAGUCCGCCCAAUGAUUGUGCUGAGAAGACAGCUGCUGAUCAGUUGGUAGACCUGGAUAAAGCGUUAGAUGUGGAGAUAACAAUGAAAGUUCGCCAAACUGUAGCAUUUAAUACAGAAGCUGACCCGCAUGAAAUAGAAUUUGUCGCCGGAGACGCUGUGGACGAGGAUGGUUUUUAUUUCAGCACGGGCUCUUUGACUCUGGAGCGCACAGCCUUUGAAGAGGAACAGAUAGUAUUUGUAAGCACUGUGACAGGGAAAUCUUUCGGUGCCCGGAUAUUGAUUGAGGAGACGAGUAAGGGUGAGGUUGCAGCUAUGGUGACACUGGUUCCUGAGUUCCCUGCUGUCGACUAUCAGUCUGAGAUGAUCUUCCUUGUUGACCGAUCAGGUUCUAUGAUGGGGCGGAGUAUCGAGAAAGCGAAGGAAGCCCUCCACAUCUUCCUAGCCUCCCUUCCUUCAGAUUGCAUGUUUAACAUCUGCAGCUUCAACGCUAGUUUCGAUUUCUUGUUUGAGUCAGUUCAGCCGUACAACGACAAAACUCUGGCGGACGCUCGAGCUUACACUGAUAACAUGAGAGCAGGUGGAGGCACAAGGGUUUAUGAGCCGUUGGAAACGAUCUUCAAACAGAAAGUUGGGGACGGAUGUGAGCGACAGAUAUUCGUUCUAACUGAUGGUCAUGUGUCAAGACCAUCGGAGUCGGUGGAGAUGGUUGGAAAGUACAAAAAGGAAGGGCGAGUGUUCACUUUGGGUAUCGGAGAGGGGGCCUCUAGAGAACUGGUUAACGGUUUGGCUCGAGCUGGUAAAGGUGUUGCACUAUUUGUCACCUUAGCUGAAGAUUUGAAAGACAAAGUUCUAGAUUUACUGAGUCGGUCUCUCCUUCCUGGUCUGUCCAACAUUACCUUCGAUUGGUUAUCUGACAUGAAACCUCAGAAGAGCAUUCUUUCUAUCUUCAAGACAGGAAAUCCAGACGUAGGAACUGUGAUGAGUCUAGGAGAGAAAUCCGCCCCCAAUCCCAUUCCUCACGGCUUUUCAUCUCAGCUGUCUAUCGUAUAUCAGAGUUUGGAGUUUGGAAACCUGCCUGUGGGCCUCCGCAUAUCUGGAACUGGUCCAAAUGGGGAUGUUAUGCUUGUGGUCAACCUCGACACUACUAAAGUUAUGAAGAGCGAAUUACUCCAUAAACUCAUGGCCAGAAGGAUGGUCAAAAUGUUAGAGGAGGACGAUUCAAUGUCAAACGACGCGCACGUGCAGACUAGAAUGACGAACCUGGGAACCAACUAUAACAUCACCAAUAAGUGGUGCUCCAGUGUCUCCACUGGUCAGUUUGGAACCGCUGUUAAACGAGCACCAGUGGCAGAUGAAGCGAGUGGUGCAUCUUUAGGGGAAGCCAGCUUCAUGGCCGCACCUCCGGGAAUGGUGAAGUCGUCCCCUAACUUGGGCUACAAGAAAAAGGGGGGAUUGUUUGGCGGUGCAGUAAAAGGAAACAAACAAUUUAAACGAAGUGUUGGGUCUGCACCUUCGUUUGAUGCCCCGCAGAACAGGUCCCAAGUUUCCAACACACGGUGGGCCAAGAGCAAGAUGAUGAGCUCCCCAUCAUCUGCACCCCAAAUAAGUCAGAAGACUAAAAUGGUAAAUCGAUUUAUGACUCAGAGUGCUGCACCGCAGGCUGCUAAUCAGAGUGCUCCACGCGGUGCACCGCUGGCUGAUUGUGCGCGGAUCUCUGGUGGUUCAAGCCUCUCUUCUGAAGACGACGACGCAGACGCGAGUCUGAUAUACGUUCCACCAGCUAACAUAGGCAAAGUGAGAGAUGAGAUGCUGAUGGGAUUCACUGUCCUACAAAAAACAGACGGUUCCUUCUCCUUCGGGCCUGCUUUUGUUAAAGACCUCAACAUGAAAGAUGCAGAUGUGGAUACAGGCUCUACACAACUGGGUAUAAGUAAAGAGCUUCUAUUGACCCUGAUCGUAGUGAUUUAUCUUCGGUCUGCCAUGGCUAGUAGGAAGAGCUCUUGGAGUCGGAUCGGGGAGAAAGCAGACGGGUUUAUCGCAGCUAACAUUGGGGAAACUGACCUUUCUAAAUUGGAGUUCGAAGUUCAGAGAUUUAUGGAUAGAUUUGUUAAGCAGGGACGUAGCAGCGUUCUCUUCAAAGGGUACAAGCAGAGAAAGUAAAGAAAGAAAUAGCUUCUAAAGUUUAUUCACUGAAGAUAUGUGUACAACAGGGUGUUCAUAGCGUUGUCAAACACAAUCGAUGAAACCUUUGCUAUGAUCGGAUCACAUUUUUUAAUAGGUUCAUUUAUAAAUUGAAUUUAUGUAGUUUUAAGACGGACUAUCAUUGUAGCUUGAACAGUUGAACUUUUCAUCGCCAUAUUCCCACACUUAUUAGUUUGUGAUGUUUAUAUUACGAUUUUCUUUUGUUUCAAUGUUGAAGUAAUAGUUUUGAAUAUUGUUUACGUUACUUUUGCUUGUUUUUAAUUGUAAAUUUCUUACAAUAAGUUGUUUGUUUAGACUUUUAAGAUUAGACUUAUAUAUAUUAAUUAAUUGACAGAAACAUAUUGUAAUUUAGUUAGAGGUUAACGUUAUAAAACUAAAAGUAUAAAGAUUAUGCUGUCGUUAAAUGGCUAGGCUGUGUUGUACUUGAUUGACGAUGUCAACCCUUCCAGAUUGUUGCUCUGCAUCGCAGAGCAACGAUCUCGUCGAUGCGAAGCAAGAAUGAUAGUUUGCGCGGCGCGUCGAAGUGGCGUCCUCCAAGUGUUAUUAUUAAUUGUACUUGUUUGUUACGAUUAUUGUUGAUUUCGUUUGAGAAUGUUCUUUGAAUUAGAAAUUUAUUUCCGAAUAG